AUGGAGGCUAAUCGAAAUGUUUAUUUGUUUGAGACAGUCUAUACUUUCUCAACGAUAGUUUCGAUUUUGCGUCCGUUUAUUUGGCGUACAUAUUUCACGUCUGGUGCCAUGCAGGUACAAAGUAGGGCUCGCAUCUACGCAGAUGUUAACUUGAAUAAGCCCCGUGAAUACUGGGAUUAUGAAAACUAUACCAUAGAUUGGGGCGACCAAGAGGAUUAUCAGAUUGUUCGAAAGCUUGGUCGCGGCAAAUACAGUGAGGUCUUUCAGGGCAUUAAUGUCACAAACAAUACAAACUGUGUCAUCAAGAUUUUAAAACCCGUCAAAAAGAAGAAGAUUCGCCGUGAAAUUAAAAUCUUAGAAAAUCUCAGAGGAGCAGAGAACAUCAUCACACUUAUGGCUGCAGUUAAGGACCCCGUGUCACGCACACCAGCUCUCAUUUUCGAAUAUGUUGACAAUAAGGAUUUUAAGGAUCUCUAUCAAAAUCUCUCAGACUAUGAUAUUCGUUAUUAUAUGUACGAAUUGCUCCGAGCCCUAGACGCGUGCCACAGUAUGGGUAUUAUGCAUCGUGAUGUUAAACCUCAUAAUGUUAUGAUCGAUCAUCCAAUGCGAAAGUUGCGUCUUAUUGAUUGGGGUCUCGCUGAAUUCUAUCAUCCUGGACAGGAAUACAACGUGCGCGUGGCGUCUAGAUAUUUCAAAGGACCUGAAUUACUUUUAGAUUAUCAGACUUAUGACUAUUCACUUGACCUGUGGUCUCUUGGAUGCAUGUUGGCUAGCAUGAUUUUCAAGAAGGAACCGUUUUUCCACGGUCUUGAUAACUAUGAUCAGCUUGUGCGUAUUGCAAAGGUUCUUGGAACAGCCGAGCUCUAUGAUUACGUUCGCAAAUACAAUAUAGAGAUGGACCCUAGAUUCAACGACAUUUUGGGUCGACAUGGCCGUAAACGUUGGGAUCGUUUUAUCACAGCUGACAGCGAGCAGUUAGCUACUCCUGAUGCUAUUGAUUUGCUCGAUAAACUACUUAGAUAUGAUCACCAAGAACGUCUCACUGCUAAGGAAGCAAUGGAGCACGAAUAUUUUGCAGAAAUUCGGAAAGCUCGAGCCGAUGGUAGUAUCAAUUCUUCUAUUCCCAACAAUGGAAACAAAGAAGGUGUUAACAGUGUUGGUGAUGUGAAGAAUGAAAUUGUCAAUGCUGAACGGACGCUGUUGAGUUGUGCUGUAAAUGUUUCAAGUCUCGUGGUGAUAGCACGUACCUUAGUUUUCCCCUUGUACAUCUAUAUCUCCCCUACCCCCAUAGCCCUCCGCCUUCUUACUAAUUAA